CAGGAUCCGCUUUUUGAAUUGGACGUUUGAGUAGCAAAUUAUCUAAAUUACAGGAGUCUCUCACCACACCCAGACCUCAGGAAUGAGCCUAUUGGUUUUUUAGUUUAUAUGUGUCAGGAGAGGCAUCGCCUUCCCCCUCUUCCUAAAAGUGUUUGGACAAAUUGGAAGCGUCUCUGAUCCAGCCUGCUCCACACCUGCGGUGCACCGAGCCUGCUGUCAGCGACCUGUGCGCCUCAACAUGGGGAACCCUUCGGCGAUCCUCUCAAUGAUCGGUGUCAUGCUGCUCUGGCCAAAUGUCUCCUCCAGACUGCAGACUGCAGACCUGAGCACCUCUCUAUCUGCAGGACAGAGAGAAGAGCGCCCUCAUGUGGUGAAACGAUCAACACAGAAUUGCGGCAGUACGUUUGACAGCUUCUGCAUGAACCAUGGCCAGUGCAUGCUGCUGGUGGACAUGAACGGACAACACUGCCAGUGUGAGACAGGCUUCUACGGCCCAAGGUGUAGCAAAGUGGAGUUUGUGGUUAAAGGAUUAGGGGAAGAUCAGAUAGUUGUCAUCAUUUUCUGUGUGAGUCUGCUGAUUAUAGGUCUGGCUGGAGUACUGUACUUCUUCUGCAAAUGGUAUAAGAAAAACAAAUGUGGACGUCGACAGAAGCAGCAAGGUUACAAAGGAGUCCAGAUAGCUUAGAGUCCUCUCACACACACACACACACACACACACACACACACACACACACACACACACACACACACACACACACACACACACACACACACACACACACACACACACACACACCACACACACACACACACCACACACACACACCACACCCGCCAGAAAAGGCAAACCAGUAUAUUCCCAGUUUCCUAAAAUAACAUUUGAACACACCUCUGUGUCCUGGUGAUCUCACACCAGCAGGUAUACAGGAUGUCACUUCAUAAAGCCUGUAAAUCGGCACAAAGAGAUGAAAAAUGUGUAAUAGCUUUUGUUUAGAGCUGCACCUGUUCUAGUGUUACAGUCCCGGCUGCCCUAAUGUUUGAAACAUGAAUGGUGAAGCGCACAAAGACCGUUUCAGUUGGUGACAAUGGAUAAAUCAUGACCCAAAUUUGAAAAAAAUAUGCCUGAACACAUUUUAGGCAUAAUGCAACAUACAGUAAUUUCUGAACACUUGUCCAGGGUCUGUGCUUCUAUGGCAACAACCCAUUGUUUAACUGACUAAUGAACAUACAAAUAAUCAUUGCCAUUAAAGAUUAAGCUGUAGCAUCUUUACACCAAGCCCUAUGUGUUAGCAGUCACUGUGAGAUAUGUUUUUAAGAUUAUCAUUUUUUGAUAAUGCUGUCUUAACCAUCUAGCUGCCUUCUGUCUGCUGAUUAUUUUCUACAGUAAAGUUCUUCACAGUUCUACCAUUUCUGCAAUGUUAUGCUCAUAUGUAUGGUUUUUCUGUCUUCUGUUGUCACGAUGAAUAUAUAAAUUUAACAAAAACUGUAAUUAAACUAAUAUUUCUAUGUUUUAUUAUAUGAAAUGUGCUAAGUGAGAAAGAAUUUAGAUAAUUUAUUAUAAAGUAUUAAUGUGUAAAAUGGUUUCUUGUCUUGUUUUGGAAGCUCUGUUACAAAAAUAAACUAUUUGACUUUGGUCUCACUUCACAUGA